GUUGGAGGGUAUGCAGUUGCACUGCCCGGUGUGACUACAUGUCCCAGCAUGCCCCUCUGUCUCCCAGCAGCCACUGCGUGGUGUGACUACAUAUCCCAGCAUGCCCCUCUGUCUCCCAGCAGCCACUGCGUGGUGUGACUACAUAUUCCAGCAUGCCCCUCUGUGACUUCCUUUCUCCCAGCAGCCACUGCCCGUUGUGACUACAUCUCCCAGCAUGCCCCUGUCUCCCAGCAAUCACUGCCUGGUGUGACUACAUGUCCCAGCAUGCCCCUCUCUGUGACUUCCUGUCUCCCAGCAGCCACUACCGGUGUGACUACAUGUCCCAGCAUGCCCCUCUGUCUCCCAGCAGCCACUGCGUGGUGUGACUACAUAUCCCAGCAUGCCCCUCUGUGACUUCCUUUCUCCCAGCAGCCACUGCCUGUUGUGACUACAUCUCCCAGCAUGCCCCUGUCUCCCAGCAACCACUGCCUGGUGUGGCUACAUGUCCCAGCAUGCCCCUCUGUGACUUCCUGUCUCCCAGCAGCCACUACCGGUGUGACUACAUGUCCCAGCAUGCCCCUCUGUCUCCCAGCAGCCACUGCGUGGUGGGACUACAUAUCCCAGCAUGCCCCUCUGUGACUUCCUUUCUCCCAGCAGCCACUGCCCGUUGUGACUACAUCUCCCAGCAUGCCCCUGUCUCCCAGCAAUCACUGCUCGGUGUGACUACAUGUCCCAGCAUGCCUCUCUGUCUCCCAGCAACCACUGCCUGGUGUGACUACAUCUCCCAGCAUGCCCCUCUGUGACUUCCUGUCUCCCAGCAGCCACUACCGGUGUGACUACAUCUCCCAGCAUGCCCCUCUGUGACCUCCUGUCUCCCAGCAGCCACUACCGGUGUGACUACAUCUCCCUGCAUGCCCCUCUGUGAUUUCCUGUCUCCCAGCAGCCACUACCGGUGUGACUACAUCUCCCAGCAUGCCCCUCUGUGACUUCCUGUCUCCCAGCAGCCACUGCCCGGUGUGACUACAUCUCCCAGCAUGCCCCUCUAUGACUUCCUGUCUCCCAGCAACCACUGCCCAGUGUGACUACAUCUCCCAGCAUGCCCCUCUGUGACUUCCUGUCUCCCAGCAACCACUGCCCGGUGUGACUACAUGUCCCAGCAUGCCCCUGUCUCCCAGCAGCAGUGUGUUGUGGUAGCAGGAGCUGCUGGAGACUGAUGCUGUGUCUCUCCCUCCUGUCACCGGUGGAUAUGACCAGUUACCAUGACCCCGGUCCUCAUGUCUGCCUGGAUGACCUGUCAGCAUGCGGACGUGUCAGCAGACCGUCCCUGGUGCUCUAGUGGAUACUUACCUCCACCCGGGGGCAGCGCUGCUGAGACCCUCACUUCUGCUGCGGACCUGACAUGCUGCAGCGGUCCGGUGAGGAACAUGAUGGACCCGGGCGCAGCGGUGACGCCCCGCCCCCUCACAUCCCUCCACCAAUGAGGAGAGAGAUGUCCCAUCAAUUCACUUACAGAUGGUCGGACUCGUCGCCAGGUUCUCCAGUCCAGCUGCAGAGAGUGACACCGGAUGUGAUCGAUGACUCUGUAAAGCCACCCAUACCGCAGCCAGCUGGAGGCACCCUCACGGUGCUUGACCAAGUGUACCCGGAUCUGUGGCACAGAGUUUCUGUUAGACGCGGCACACAAUCGCUGCUCUUCCUCACCCGUCAGCGCCAACUGCUGAGCUUGACUCGAGACCUGGUAGUGCACCAGAUGAACGUAUUGAAGUAUAUGAAUGAUGUACAGGUGAUAUUACAGCAGAGACCCCCGAGACCUCCGCAGCUCAGAGCUGCCUGCGUGGCAUUGCAGGAUGUCUGUCGGCAGAGCAUCUCGCUGCGGCGGAGAUUCCGAGGUGACAGGCGGUUGUACCCAAUCUUGCCCUCUCUCCAGGACGCUGUCAGAAACAUGCACCGGCUGCUAGCGUUGAUGUCAGCAAAGGCCGCCAUUGUGUCGGAGAAGCUGGUCGUGUCUGUCCUGCGUCGGGUGGCACACUGCCCUGCCGAGGUUACAGGAGACCUGGGCUACUGUCUGGCAAUGUACAACCAGGUCUUAGCCGACAUGUCCAAGUGCGUCGGGCCCUGGGCAGGACCGCAGCCGCUUUCUGCCCACAUGACGCUGCAGCUGAUAGCGGAGGAGAGAGGACGGGCUCUGGCCGGACUGCUCUGCCAUACGCUCUGCCAGUGUGGCCUGGAGGAGAUCGUGAAGAGAGAGACGCAGAACCAGCAGAGUGGGAGAUCGGGUGUGAGCUCAGCGUUUCCCUGCCCAGCUGCGGAUCUGACCCAGGGGGCAUCUGCGGCGCGUGGUGAUGAGAAGCUGGAAGCCCUCGUCCGGCUGGACAGGCGUCAGGUGGCCCCUGUUCUGCAGAUCCUGGACAGCUCCGAUCAGAAUAUGUGGACUGUGAUCCCGAGCAGCUCAGAGUCCUCCCUGUACAAGCAGUACUGUACCCACCUCUGGCCUGUCCUAUGUUCCCACAUCUUCCAGGCUUUCUAUCCAGGGAUGAGGACGCAGCUGCCGGGCCUGUCCUCGUGUGCAGAAGAUACCCGCGUAGCGGCUGUGCGCUUCUUGUGUGACAGUCUGACAUCAGAUGGUCUCCCGGGUCACUGCCAGUCGCUGGGUCGCAGCCUCUGUUAUCUCCUCCUCUGUACCGGAGUCUUCAUCGCCUGGGACUGCGCGUUCUCCCAGGCGCUGAGCUCUGCGCUGACUGACAAAUGUGCGGCUCCAGUAUCGGCCGAUGGAGAGCAGGACCCCCAGACACACAGCAGAACGUGCGGCUUCCUGGUGACGGUGUGCAGACAGCUGUCAGGAUUACUGCACCGUAUGAGCUCCUGCCACCCUGGUUCUAUCCUGUACGCCGACUCCACGCAGUAUGCCGUCCUCAGCCGCUGUGUGGUCUCCUUACAGCUCUGCGACCUCUGGAUACGAAGCCGCACACAGACCUACACGUCCUCCGGUUCUCUCAGUCCCCUGGUGCUGGUCACAUAUGGAGACCUUCGGGUGAUAACGGAGGAAAGCCGCUGUCUGGCCGGCGCAGGCGGGAACGUGGCGUGGCGUCCUCUCAGCCACCGGUUAUACGUGAAGAUGCGGAGUGUGCAGGAGGCGCUAGAGGGACUGAUCGUGUCUGUGACCCACCUGCUGGGCGCGGUGUGUACUCGCAGGGCCCGGGACAUCUUCCAGCAGGUCAUGCCAGCAGGACGCCACUGGCGGGGGAAGCUUGUAGACGGCCCUGAAUUGUCCCCCAGUGAGUAUGCGCUGGUUGCCAUCAGCGCGGUAGUGGCUCCGGUGCUGGACGGCGUCCUCGCUCUGUCUUUGGAUGAACAAGUGUCAGCAGUGUCUGCGGCUCUCAGCGCAUUGAUGGAGGCCUGGAUGGGACAUAUCCUACGAGAGAGACUCAAAUUCAGUUUGCAGGGAGCACUUCAGCUAAGAUGUGACUUUGAGAGUGUCCGUGAACUGCUGAGGUCUCGAGAGUCUGUGAUGUCUCCAGAAGUGGUCCAGGCUGCUCUGUCUCUCCCGGUGUUCCUGCAGGCAGAUAACGCCAUAGUCUGUCUCUUGCAGCAGCCGUCUCACAAGUCUUACCUGCAAGCUGGCAGCUGCCCCGUCUUCUGCUGUCCACCUUUGUGCCGAGCUGCGGUGGAGAGCGUGUCUGACAGCCUGCAGAGCCUGGACAGUCUGGAGCGCAGAGCGUGGGCCCGCACUUACUCUGCGCACCUGCCGAGACACAGCCACGACUCCUACCUGCCCCACAACCAGCGCCAGUGGCUGUCUCUGCGCAUCCACAAGAGCUGGACCGGGCUGAGUCUACCGUGGGAAGGGCGAGAAACCUCAGAUGGAUGAGACCCCUCAGGGCCGGCCGGACACAACGCCUCCUUGUUCCCUGCUGGUCUACUAACAAGCCCUGGAAGGCUGGAGAAAAUAUUUUUUAAUAUAUUUUCGAUUUAUUUAAUUACAGCACACAGAUGUCUAUUUUAUUAAAUACUUGUGAUACGAA